AUGGGGGAAGGAGAGGCAUCAAAGAAGAUAAUCGUAGUGGGAGAUGGCGGCUGUGGAAAGACCUGUCUUCUAAUUAAAUACACAGAGAAUAGGUUUGAGAAGGAGCACAACAUAACUGUGUUUGAAAACAAAGAAGUGCCCUACCUAGACAGAGUGACAGGAAACACGUACACGCUCAACCUCUGGGAUACAGCAGGGCAAGACGACUUUGACCGUAUUAGAAAGCUGUGCUAUAUAGACACGCAGCUAGUGCUUAUAUGCUUUGCGUUGAACCGGCCUGAGUCCUUUAAGAACAUAGAGGGCCGCUGGAAGGAGGAGGUAGACCACUUCUGCAAGGACACGCCAAGAAUGCUUGUGGGCCUAAAGGCAGACUUAAGGAAAACAGAAAGCGAAGACCUUAUAUCAGAGAGCAUGGCAAAGAAAUUAGCAAAUAGCGUAUCAGCAAAGUGUUAUAUUGAGUGCUCUGCUGCCACUGGGGAGAAUGUGGAUACUGUUUUUGACGAAGCAAUGAACAUUCUUCUAAACAGAUCGAAAAAGAAAAAAGACAGAGGACCCGCCUGUAAGACACUCUAACCAAAAUAUUAAGAAAGGUAGGGAUAGUACA